AUGAUUGAACCUACAACUUCAUCAAAACAAGAAUGUCCUAAUGUUAAUAAUGAUUUUGAUCGAUCACUAAUCAAAAAAUUAAAUGCCAUAUCAACAACUGAUCAGAAACAUGAUGAUGGAAAAGAAUCCAAUAGUCAUAAUUUUAAUCAAAAGAUUAUAACCAAUAUUAAUAAUAUUAUUUCCAAUAAUAGUUCUCAGAAAGUUCGAGGUGGUGGUGGUGAACCUAGGGAAAUUUUGGUUAAACUUAAACAAAAAUUGCUUGAUCUUAGUGACGAUGAAGACAAUUCACCAGCUGUAAACAAUAAUAAUAAGAAGGAAACAACUACUGACACAGCUGCUGCAAAAAAAAGGAGAUCAGCUGAUUUUAAGAUAAUCGAUGUGGAGGGUUUCUUAAAACAAGACUUAGAAGAAGAAUUAAAAAAGAUGAUGGGUGAUUUAAUGAGUCAAGAUUCCACUUCUUCUACCAAAGGUUAUAAUAGUACAGUUGAAGCUGCUAAUUAUAAUAAUAACGAUGACUACUGGGGAAAUGAAGAAAAUCAGUUAGAAAACAGCGAAAAUAAUAAUAGUAUUAGUGAGAAGAAUAAUGAAGAUGAUUAUUGGGGAAGUGAAGUACAAGAUAAUCAAGAUAAUAAUAGUGAUAAUGUUGGUUAUUGGAAUGGUACAAGUGAAAACAAGAUUAGUAAAGAAAAUAAUAAUGAUAAUUGGAAUGUUGGGGGAAGUAAAGAAAAUACAGUUUCAAUCCCUAUUCCAAUUACUACCAUUUCAGCUACAACUUCAUCAAAACAAGAAUGUCCUAAUGUUAAUAAUGAUUUUGAUCGAUCACUAAUCAAAAAAUUAAAUGCCAUAUCAACAACUGAUCAGAAACAUGAUGAUGGAAAAGAAUCCAAUAGUCAUAAUUUUAAUCAAAAGAUUAUAACCAAUAUUAAUAAUAUUAUUUCCAAUAAUAGUUCUCAGAAAGUUCGAGGUGGUGGUGGUGAACCUAGGGAAAUUUUGGUUAAACUUAGGUUUUCAGAUAUUGCUCAUAAUCUAAUUAGAAUAAACAAACUUUUAGAAUCGCAAAGUUUCAAAGUGGAAGAAUGUAAUUAUCCAUUCAAUUGGCCAUGGUUAUAA